AUGUACCAGGAUUAUAUAAAUGACAUAAUGAUGAUUGCUUCUAAAACGGACGUAUAUGAAUUUCUCAAAAAUAGUAUUAUCAAAUUAGAACCAAAUGAGAGAAAAGGUUACAUUGACAAUCUAAACAGUGACAGUAUUGAUAUUUUAAAAAAGGAUGAAUAUAAAUCAAAGAUUAAUGAAGUUUUUACAGAACUGUUCUCUUUAGAUUCAGCACGGAACGAUAUAAUUAGAUCAUAUAUCAAUUUUCUAAUGUUACUUGACUAUAAAAAAGAAGAUUUAAAAUUAUUUAAAAUUCCAGAAGAAUUGAUCGAUGAAUUUAAUAUCAAUGCGCUCGAACAGUCGAAUAAACAAGAUGAGAUAGAUAAUACAAAGAAAAUAUCAUUCUCAAAAUAUUUAAAGAAAGCAGAAAAUGAUACUGAAAGUGACAAUGAUAACAAAAAACGUUCCUUAGAGACUUCAAAUAUUAAUGAAGAAAGCAAUAGUAAAGAUGAGAGUACUCGGAAGAGAAUUAAAAUCGAAAACCAAUCUAAGAUACCAUCUAUUUUGAAAUAUAAAACUCAAGAAUCUCUACGAAAAAAAUCAGCAGGAGGGACAUCAUCAUGUAAUUCUAAUAGUAGAAGUAUAAGCUUUGCUUCUGAUGCGCAAUUAAUCACAGUCUUUGGUGAGGAUCUUCCUGAAAAAGGUCUUAAAUUAUCUCCACCAGAAUUAAAAAAGUUACUUAAACCUUUCAAUGAAAAUGAACCAAGAGAAGUUUUUGCUCUUGAAGGCAAAAAACCUUUUACGAAGGCUAAAGAGUUGAUUAUAAAAUUAAGCAAUAAUAAAGAGGAUAUUUCUGAUAUAACGGUAUUGAAAAAUGGACCUAUUCAAACUGAAGUUAUGCAUCCCCUCAAAUAUACUGUAAAUUUUUCCAAUUUUUCGCCAGAUUUGGGUAAUAAACAACCCAGAGAACCUGUAAUCAUAAACAGUUCAAAUACUGAUAAAAAAAAAAUAUUGAUUGUCAAGGCAUUUGGUAAAAAUAACUUAUUGUUAAGAUCUGACAGAGGUGGCUUACCAUAUAGACUCGUCCCAAAAUUUAAACAAAAUGAUUAUCCUCCAAGACCAUUGCAUUAA